UCUGAACAUCUGUGAAGAUAUGCUAUAUAAUGUAUCUACACAGAAAGAAGAUUAGGUUGUUGAACAUACUAUUUCAGCUGCAUAAGAAUGGCAAUUCGUGUAAUCCUUCUUGCCUUAUUGUUUACAUUUGAUUAUGCACUUGGAGAAAAAUACAGGAUCUUCAGUCCAGGUUUUUACAAAAUUUCGUGGGAGCAAGCUAGAAGAAAUUGUCAAAACAUUGGUACUGGCUGGGACCUGGGGAAUAUUGAAUCCAGGGCAGAGGACAGGAUGAUUAAAGACAUGCUAAGGUGCGAAAGAGGAAGAGGUGACGGUUGGUUCAUAGGAGGGAUCAGCAGAAACGGGAAAUGGACUUAUCCUGAUGGAUCCCCCAUGAGAUACACGGCCUUUGGAAUUAAAAGUAGAUUCAGUGGUAAAUCAGCUCUUGCCGGACAACGAAUAGCUGGGGAUGUCCUCAACUAUGCUGCCAUAUUUAGAUCGGACCUAGCCUGGGAUUACCUCACACAGCACGACACUAAUAUCAUGGGAUAUGUCUGUGAGGCCUGGUACUGCUGAUUGUAUUAAAAUAUCAACCAUCUUGUAUUGUUUAUUAAAAAAAUAUUUUAUCA